GUUGAUUGAGUUAAUGAACCAACGGGUUGCGAAGCUUUCCCCCUUCUCCCUUCUUCGUUUGCGAGUCAUCCCUCAGAUCGUAUUAGAGUAGAAUCGGAGCGCGCCCCUCUUCCUGACGCCUCGAUUGAAGUGGAGGAGAUCGAUGGAGAAGGACGGGAGCGGUGGGUGCCCGGCGAUGGCGUUCCGGUACAACGGGACGCUAUGCGCGUGCGAGCCGGGGCGGUACCUGGUGAACGGGAGCUGCGCGCUGUUCGAGACGGGCGGCGGGUGGGUGGUGAGCUCCGGGGUGUCGUCCGCGCCACCCACCUUCCUCACCACCGUGCUACCCGUCGACUCCAUCAAGCGCUUCACGCAGUCGCAGGCCGUGCUGCUCGAGGCCACCCUCCUCGCGCUACUCGUCUGGCUCACCUUCUGCCUCGCGCUGCGCUUCACCCGGGUGGACGGCGGCCGCUGCCUCUGGUUUCGCCUCCGCUGGUGGAUCAGCCGCUCCGACAUGUUCUACGACACCAACCAUUGGUUGGAUGACAACAAGGCAGUGAUAAAGAGGAAAACAGAGCUGGGUGGAACAUUUUCUGUAGCAAGCUCAAUACUUUUUGUUGGUCUAUUGUCAGCGUUGCUGUAUCAGAUUAUUACAAAGAGGAGCAUUGAAGUGCAUAGAGUCCGACCUGCGAAUGCUCCAGAUUUACUUUCAUUUGUCAAUGACUUGGAAUUUAGUAUAACCACUAUUUCUAGCAUGAGCUGUUCUCAUUUACGUGGCCCUGAUUCGCUGGUGAUUGGAACUCCGGGCUCUAUUGACUAUAGAGUUUUUCCUUUGUCAACUUAUGUUGAAUAUAAUUGCCACAACACUAGCAGUGGCCCUAUCAUAUCUCUUAGGUGCAACAGCUGUCAGAUUCCUCGAAGAAAUCAUUAUAUUUCAUGGCAGUUUGUUGACCUCCGAAAUGAUCCUGCUGCUGCUGUUGGCUUCCGGUUCAACCUUUCAGCAAAGGACCAUGCUAAUAAUAGGCAUGUUAGCUUCGUUAGCGGUACAGUGAAAUCAAAUACCUAUACAGAUGAUAAGCCCAAAACCUUCAGAGGGUCAGAUGUCAACGUAUUGAAAAUCCAUUUGUUUCCCCAAGCAUAUAACAAUUUGAACCUCAUACAACCUCUAUUUCAUGACUUUAUCCCUGGAACAUUUUUUUCUAAGUCUAGUGACCUCCAAGCCUCCCUUCAAGUUUCCAAGGACGGUUUAGUCAACACCACGCUGUACAUAAGUUAUCUUUCUGAUUACAUCGUCGAGAUCGACAAGGAAAACAUGAUUGGAAUUGUGGGGUUCCUUGCGGAUGUUGGAGGUCUUUUCACUUUUAGCCUUGCAAUUUUCCUUUGGUUCUUGAUUCAGUGUGAGGCUAGAAUCAAGAAACUUCGCUACGAGGAUACUGCAAUGAGAAAUAUCCUUAGACAAAGACGUGCACAAAAGAAUUGGGAUAAGCUGAGGAAAUUUGUUAUGUACACAUGGGGUCCAAGCAACUUGGUUGAGGAUAACAAUAAAUCUAGAAGGCAUGGCACCUUGAUGAUUGAAUCUAUCCAUGGAAUUCAAGCAUUCCAAAGUAAAAAGCAGCCAAGUAGGCAUAAUUCCACACACCUUGACACUGCAAAAGGAAAUUCUCCACAUUCAAAGAGUAGACAGGAGAAGCAUGACAUUGAGGAAGAGGAAACUCGGCAACGCAAUAUAUCAGAAAUUUCACAGUAAUUUGGUACUGAUGACAGAUUGCUUUGACCUGACCAUGGUGCAGUUAAGCCAGUGUUUAAGGAUGACCAUUGUGAAGUCCCUAUUUGGUACGUGAAGCAUAUAUGUCCAAGGGAGAUGGCAACACAGGCUUGUGGGUGCUCAGUAUUCUCCAUCAACUUAUUCUGUUUUAUGUGCACAAGAGAUCUCUUGACCAGAACGAAACUGAGGUAAGCUAUCACUCCAGAAGUUGCCAUCGGUGUGUAUUCAUGCGUGUAACAUGGUUUUGGAGAAGCAAGCAAUGAUGAUACAGGGAUUGAUGUUGUUCGAAAAAAGAAGAAAUUCAUUGUAUCGAUUCAUUUUUGCAUGUAUUGUAGUGUUAUAUAUUCAUGUGUGUAACAUGUUUUCGGAGAAGCAAGCAAUAAUGAUCCAGGGAUUGAUGUUGUUCGAAAAAAGAAGAUAUUCAUUGUAUCGAUUCAUUUUUGCAUGUAUUGUAGUGUUGUCUAUUCAUGUGUGUAA